UGCCAGAAGCCAGUGAGACUUGGACGCAUGCGGAGGCGGUCGUCGGUGGGAGUUGUAACUUCAGCCAGAUAAGAGGAGCUGCUUUUUGUAGGUGGAGGCAAGCAGCAAGUAGGAAAAAAUGUGUGUACCCCGUAUAAAACAGUGGAAAUAGCCUGUUUGCGUUUGGAAAAUUACGUGAAAUUUGCGUAAACCAAGACCACAAAGCCACCGGAAGUGCUCCAGCAAAAUCCGAAACUCUCAAGAAGCAGCAGCGCCAGCGGCAGCACUCCUCCGCCACCAAGAAAAAAGAGAAGAACACACCACCCCUAUUUAUGAUUAUCGUUCUGCUGCUGCUGUUCCAAUCGCUGUGCCUCUACUGCCAACGCCUGGUGCUCUACGUCCACGACCGAUGUUUCCCAAAGAACGUGCGCCUGCUGCAGGAGGUGGCCGAAACGGUGGGCGAUCGUAAGGCGCCACAGCGCCUGGCGGAGCAGCAGUUGGAGCAACAGAAGCGCAGCCAGAAGCGGCGCAUCCUCGAACCAAUCCUUCCGCUCGUGGGUGGCCUCAAUUCCGAGGCCUGUCGCUUUUGUGCUCACAGUCCGCAGGGCUACUGUCGCCACCACUUCCAUCUGCAGGAGCUGCAGCUGCACAAGCAGAGGGGCUCCGGUCGGGAGCAGGAUUUCCGACAGAUCCGCCGAAUCAAGCGGGAGCUAAAGCGUAGCCUUGGCCAGCAGCAGCAGCAACUUCAGCCGGCGAGGAGCUACCGUCCAGUCCGACUAAGUUCCAGCUGGAGCAGCAGUUCCCUGAGCAGUGGUUACGCUUCACUGACCAGCGUUGGAUCUCAGGAGCAGGAGGAGGCGUCAUUGGAUCAGGAGAUUAUAGAGGAUAUUCCACUGGAGGAGGAUGUGGAGCAGCAGGACCUGCCAAAGGAGGAAAUCCCACAGCCCCUAUUAACCACUUCCUUAUAGAUAAACGCCUCUGGGUCUUUUCCUUUGAAGGAGGACCAUCUACUUGGAGUUCAUCUCGGACUAAAGGCCCCUUCAUAGAAAUUCCACACACACGAAACUACACCAUAAGGAUGUAUUGAGAAACAGGUAUAACAUAGUUAACCACUAGAGAAACCAAGGGACGAACAUCUACGAGCUAAAGACGCCACCCCUGAACAAUUCCAACAACUUGUGAGCCCUGGAGCAGCACAUCAACCCCAGCAAGCCAACCCCGUUGAAAACGUAACCCCCCAAACGGCUUGAAGGGUUCCCAUUGUUAAAUUGAUUCAAAUUGAGAAGCGAAAAAAUUUCUAGUCGCAACACAAUGUCUGAUGUGGAAGUGGAUCCACAGCAGGCUUACCCCCAUCCAAUGGUGGCCAUUGCCCCGAGGAGACGUCGUCCUGGCGGCCGACGAGGAGUAGGAGGAGGGGGUUUGCAACCCGGAUCACUGGAUGCUGUUUCUUCCUCGUCGCCGCCACCACGUUUCUGCCCGCUGGCCGAGGGCGUCGAAGACAACUGGACGUGGAGCAAGCGGCACCGCUCCAAGGAAGUGGUGCUCAGAGGACCCAACUCGCGGACCGUGCACUUCCAUCCCAACUGGAGCAAGGGCACUGCCGGUGUCCAGGGCAAAAGAUCCCUAAACAACGGACGGUAUUACUGGGAACUUCAUGUCUCCCAGCGGGUCUUUGGCACCUCGAUAAUGUUCGGUAUCGGUACCAAGGCUGCUCGGCUCCAUGCCAACGCCUUCCGGAACAUGCUGGGCGAGAACGAGCACGGCUGGGGUCUCUCCCACAAGGGCGUACUCUGGCACAACGGCGUAGCUCUGCUGUACACGAAGCGGUUCCGUGAAAAUCAGCCCACUCAGAUUGGAGUGCUCUUCGACGGCAUCGAGGGCACACUAACCUUCUACAAGGACGGCAAGUGCCUGGGCGUCGCUUUCCGUGGAUUGGACCAGAUUGAUGAGCCCCUGUACCCCAUCGUAUGCUCUACUGCCGCGAAAACGGAGAUGACCCUAAAAUGCACCAAGAGGGAGUUCGUCAACCUACAGGAUCGCUGCCGGGCGGUAAUCAUGCGGCGGGUGCGGAGCGCAUCGCAGCUGGAGAAGCUGAAGCUACCGCUGCCCAUCAGUGAAUAUCUGAGAGAGGUGAUCGAUGAGAAGGAGCCACUGCGUCAGGUUAAUCAGCUGGAGAUGUGCAUUAUGAAUUACGAUUUGUAUGAGGCCCGUGAAUGAAUUUAGUGCCAUCACAUAUUGGAGUGCACUGCGCCUCCCAGACGAUGCAGUGGCUCCUCUGGGACAUGUGCAUUUUCCGUAGUAGUUUUAGAGCGCUAAGGUUAAGCAUCUGGAAUUAUCAAGUGUGGAUUGUCCGACAUUUUGAUUUGCCUUCAUUUGUAGCGAAAAUGUGGGGAAAUAGGCCAAUUUGGUGCAAUAUUUGUGAUAUAAGAAAUGAGAGUAUAUGGAAACGUUUUUCUGGGCUUCAAGUGCUUGCUAGAAAACCGCAAAAUAAGCUAAAGCUAAGCAUAUUUUUCGGUACAGACGAGUGUGAAAUCUAGUCAAAAAGAACACGCUGCUAAACUAAUUUUGUAAAUUCGCCGACAGCAAUUAAAGCUUAAGGGAAUGUAAUGUAACAAAAUGGGAAUGUCUCUAGUCAUAAAUUGCAAAUAAAGCAAG